UUUGACUAUAUUUUUAUAAGAGUUUAAGACGAAUUAAUAGAAAUGAUUUUGAUAAAGAAAAUAAAGAAAUGUUUUUCAUAUGUGAACAAUCUUACGAGGAGAUUUCUAUCUCAUAAGAAGCGUAUUAUUAUAUUAUUAAUUAUUGAUAUUAUUCUUUUUGUUGUGGAGCUUUUUAUAGGACUUGUGGCAAAUUCACUUACGCUUUUUACGGAUUCGUUUCAUUUGUUGAAUGAUGUUGUUUCUCUUAUUAUAUCAUUAUGGGCAAUUAAGUUAUCAUUGAAUAAGAGCCCAUCAGCGAAAUAUACGUAUGGAUGGCAGCGUGCAGAAGUUCUUGGAGCGUUAAUAAAUGGUAUUUUUUUAAUGGCGCUAUGUUUAUCAGUUCUUUUGCAAGCAAUUCAAAGAUUUUUCGAGAAAGAAGAAGUUCAUAAUCCUCGUGCGGUAUUUAUAGUGGGUAUUAUAGGUAUUCUUAGUAAUAUUUUUGGUCUUUUUUUAUUUCAUGACUUUAAAUGUCAUCAUAAAAAUAAAUAUCUUAAGGAUGAAGAAGAGGAACAUAAAUACAAUUCUAAUAAAAGUGCAGAAGAUUUGUAUAGGAAUGAUAUUAGUAUUGAGAAUGAUCAUCCAAAUACAUAUAAUACACCUCAUAUUGUUAAUUGGUUAAACGAAAAUCAUAGGAAUGAUUCGCUUAUCCAAAAGUUACUUGAUGAACAUAAUAGUCAUAAUCAUGCAAAAAUGAGAAAUAAUUCUGAAUAUACAUAUUCGAAUUUAAAUAUGAAAGGUGUUUUUUUACAUGUUUUUGGCGAUGUAUUAGGUAAUAUUAGUGUUGUAAUAACCGCCUUGUUCAUCUGGUUAACUGAUUUCUCAUGGAAACACUAUGUUGAUCCCGCCAUUAGCAUUUUUAUUUCUAUUGUUAUUUUUAUUAACGCACUACCUUUGGUAAAAUCCUCGAGUUUAAUUUUACUUCAGGUAGCACCAAAAAAUAUUCAAGUUAUGGAAAUAAAGGAGGAUAUUUCUAAUGAAUGAUAUUUAUUCUUUUAAACUUUAUUUAACUUUUUUAGAUUAUCGGUGUCGUUUCUGUCCAUGAGCUUCAUAUAUGGCAAUUGUCUGAUACAAAAUUAAUCGCCUCUGCACAUAUUCUUACUGAUAUUUCAUUUGAUAAUGCCGAAAAAUAUAUGAAUAUUAUUGCAUCUGUUCGUCAUUGUCUCCACGCAUAUGGUAUUCAUUCAAGUACAAUUCAGCUUGAAUUUCAAGGCGUUUAUCCACAUAAAGCCUUUUUUACUGAAGAAAGAAACGAAAAUUCUUCUUGUCUUGUACGAUGUGUUGGUGGAGAAGAAUGUCUCGAUAGUCGUUGUUGCAUCUCCAUCGAUUAAAAUUAUCUUUAUAUAGAAUAUUACAUUGUUCUAUCUUACAUGAACU